AUGUCGGAUAGAGAAGAUAGUUCAACGCAGUCUUCGUCCGAUUUCUCCGACAGCUUUCCCUCCACCACCACAAUCAGCACAGUUGCAGUCCAAGCUGGGCAAUCAAAGAUUAUCCUAGCUAUUAUGCGAUGCGGCACCUGGAUAAAGGUGCGAAUUCAACGCAUGGAACCAGAUCUCUACGACAUCGGUUCGAGUGGCACCUCAGCGGAGGUGCGUCACCUUUUGGAGCAGCACGCCAGCCUCGUCUCGAAGUUGGCGGCAAAGCAGGAACAGAUCUCGGAGCUACUCACGCGGGCCGAAGAGAUGGUCUCACAGCAGCCGACGGAGGGUCAGGCUCGUGUCUACUCUGCCAUAUCUUCCUCCCUCAACAAGGCGUGGCGAGAGCUCCUCGACGUUCUCGGUAAACGGGGCCGCCUCCUCCAACUGGUGGCCGAGUGCUUUGAAGACGCUGAGACUGUUCAUGCCGCUGUCGCCAGAAUAAUUGAGGCCUCUGCCUCGGAUGAAUGGGGUGACUCAAUGGAAUCAGUUCAACGACUCCUUCAGGAGCAUGAGGAGCUGAAGAGCGUGGAAUUACUAGAACCGACUCGUCGGAUGUUGGAGGCGGCCAAUGGGGCGUUGGAGCUGCUCACCCGAAUGGCCGUUCGUACUGGACAGACACCCGAGUCCGGACUGACUCGUACCAGCGCCGAGACGCGUGAACGCAUCGCCGCGGUCACCGGAGAUGCCAACGAGGCUCAUCGUUUAGCCGAAGCCGCCUGGGAGCGACGUGCCCGACUCCUCCAACUCCGUUUCACCGUCGUCCGACUUGAAAGCGAACACGAAAAAGUUGUUGAGUGGUUCUCCAAGGUUGGAGAACCGAAUCUGGCUGCCGCAUUGCCUGGUGGUAGCCUUCAAGACUGCGAAGCUGCGAUGGAGGCCUUGAUGGGUCUAGCAGUAGAUGCUCGUGAAUACCAGCAUAUUAACACUCGUCUGGUUCGUCAGGCGCAACAACUCACCCUUCCACGGAGUGAGGAUGAAGAAGAACCUGACUUGGAAAUGCGAACUGCUCACAAGGCUCUGGUUGAUCGGUUCGCCACCUCAGAGAAUUACAUUUGGGAGUUUAUCGAUCGCAUCGAAUCCCGACGUCGAUGCCUCCAGGCUAGCAUCAUAUUCUUCAGUGAAGCCUCCGUGCUUCUCAACCAUCUUAUGACCCUUGAAAAGGACAUUAGUUUCGCCAGUACAUCCCGACAGGAGGUUCGUGAUGAGAUCCUCCAACGACUUACUGAACUUGAGAUGCGGGUCUCCGGACUUCGAGAGAUCCUAGCCGAUCUUCGCUCACGGGUGGACGAAAGACCAUCUGUCACAGCACUGAGUCUGACACCUGUGGCCCCAUCACGACCCAUUUCCCCUCUAACCUCAACCGCAGAUCUCGCAAUGUCUGCAAAGCUAAAUGAGAUCGAGGAAACAAUUGUUCGAUGUCGCAGGCUAUGUAGUGGCUUCCCCAGCCGAGACAUCAAAGACCAACAAUUCAAAGAAAUCGACUACAGGCUCACUGCUCUGUGGCGAUGGAUGCAGGAGAGGAUCGAUGGAGUUUUGAGAACCCACCAGUCACCAGGAACAGCAAUUUCUUCAGUUUCUGACUUUGAAGACCUUCACAGACAUCUAGAGAGACAAAUGGCUUAUCAAGAUCGCGAAAUUUCGACCCUUAGCACACUCAUCCUAUCCUUGCCUCCGUCCUCCGAAAAACAAAACUUCCAGCACCGCCUGGAUGAGAUAACCGAAGCGUGGGCACAUCAUCGCCGCACCAUUACCAUCCGCUUGCGCAUCGCUGACGACCUGAAUCGUCUGCUGAGGCGCAUUCGAGAGGACGAGUAUUACUACCAGGCGUUGAAUGACCGUCUCAAGUCAGUCGCCAUUGAAACCCCACUGGCGCUCAGUGGUGUCGACUUGCGUGUCGGUCAAGAACUCCGAGAAGGCGAGAUGUCAAACAUUCAAGCAGACCUCUUGGAGGUCCGAUCACGUCUAGAGUCCCAACAGCGGAUGCUGCAACAUGCCCUUGACGAGGUGAACGCUUCAUUCUAA